AUGCCUCCUUCGCAGCUCAAAAGGCUCAAAACAUUGUUACGAGAACAGGGUGUCGUUGGCCCACAAAAGUCGAAGAAGCAGAAGAAACAAGCCAGCAAGAAUGGAGCUCUAAAAGACAGCAGAAUCCAGCGCAGUGCUGCACUACAAGGCAUUCGAGAACAAUUCAAUCCUUUCGAAGUCAAGGCGCCGUCUCGCAGCAAAUAUGAGUUCGCGGGUAACAGAACUGUUGGAGGGAGGUUGGAAAAAGGCACAAUAUCCCGACCUGGAGUCACGAAAGGCCUGGGAGAAGAAAAUCGCCGAAAGACUCUAUUAGUUGAGAUGCAGCGGCGCAAGAAAGUUGGGGGCAUUAUGGACCGCAGAUUUGGCGAAAAUGACCCAAUGAUGACACCUGAGGAGAGGGCUCUCGAGCGCUUUGUGAAGGAGAAGCAGAGAGGUAGCAAGAAGGAUUCAUUGUUCGACCUGGAAGAUGCCGAAGAAGACGAGCAGCUUACACACUUUGGGGAGUCGUUGUCAUUUGACAACCCGGGUAGCCCAGACGAUUUCAAUGAGGUUGAUCUAGGCCAUUCUGAUGACGAUCAAGCCAAUGGACAUGCCGAGGAAAGGCCACGCAAGAGGCGGAGACUGUCAGACACUGAUUCGUCGGAAGAAGCAUCUGUGGAACAGGAUCGCGGACGGCUCGAGCGCCCUAAGACUAAGAAAGAAGUCAUGGAGGAGGUCAUUGCCAAGUCCAAGCUUCAUAGAUAUGAGCGGCAACAGGUCAAAGAAGACGAUGACGAUCUUCGGGCUGAGCUAGAUAAAGGUCUUCCUGAUCUAUUCGCACUCAUGCGAGGCCGUCCAAGGUCGCCUCAGCCGUCUGCUGCACCGCCGCCUCAAGGCUCUGACAUGAACCCUGAUCGACUGGCUUUGCUGAACGGAAAAGAUAGGUCCCAGGCCGACAAAGAGUAUGACGAGCGUUUGCGCCAGAUGGCCAUGGAUCAAAGAGCAAAGCCCACCGUUCGGACUUUGACUGACGAGGAAAAGUUACAACAGGAGGCACAAAAAUUGAAAGACCUUGAGGAAAGGAGACUUCGAAGGAUGAGGGGAGAAACAGAAGAUAAUGAAUCCGAUUCCAAUGAAAUUACGGAAGAGGUACCUGGAGAGGAUAAUCUCGACCAAAAUGAAGAAAACAUAUUUGGUCUCGGUCCGGGCCUACUCGGACAGCAUCGGAAUCGACAUCUUGAUGUUGAAGACGAAGAUGACUUUUUGAUCGAGGACGACUUAGUUGCUAGUGAAUCUGAUGUGGACUUGUCAGGCGAUAACGGAUCUGAUGCGUCAAAGAGCGAGUCCAGCGACGGCAGUGAUGAGCAAGAAUUCGUCCAAGGCUUGUUAUCAAAAGAAGAUGCUGGUAGGGAAGGCCUUAGCUUUUCCAAAGGCCAGGAUGGUGUCCCCAAAGCGAACGGGGUGGCUGAUGAUCUCGCGUACACAUACAAAUGUCCAGAAACCCACGGAGAGCUUCUCAACAUCACGGAGUUCAUUGCGAUUCAGGAUUUACCAACAGUUGUACAACGAAUCCGAGCCUUAUAUCAUCCUAAACUCGCAGCUGAAAACAAAUCUAAGCUUGGAAGGUUUGCAACAGUUCUAGUGGACCACAUUUCUUACCUGGCAUGUCAGCCCGACCAUCCUCCAUGUAUCAUUUUGGAGGCACUAAUACGCCACAUCCAUUCUCUAGCCAAGACCUUCCCUGAAGAGAUUGGGCGUGCUUUCCGGACACAUCUCAGAUCAUUUGACGAAGACCGUCCUACUGCUCCCACUCCUGGUGAUCUCAUUAUUCUGACAGCCAUCGCUUCAGUCUUCCCUACAUCCGAUCACUUCCACCAAGUGGUCACUCCAGCGAUGCUCUGCAUGACUCGCUACCUCGGGCAGGAAGUCCCGCAAUCCCUUAGCGAUCUGGCUACGGGGACUUACAUUAGUACUCUUUGCCUCCAGUACCAAAGGCUGUCGAAGAGAUAUGUCCCGGAAGUAGUCAAUUAUGUCCUCAAUGCGGUGUGGGCACUGUGCCCUGUGAAGCCAAAGCAUCUUCCAGGGCUCUUUCCACAUCACCGCCUCCCAGAUUCAUUACGGAUCCGUAGUACGUCAGACGCCAUUGGAGAGCGGACGCAGCUGUCAUUCUGGGACGUCGUCUGUGCACCACAAUCCACAGAAGCUAAUGACCAAAGUAUCAAGGUCGUGCUUAUCGAGACGCACAUAGCUAUAAUUGAGACUAUGGCCGAGUUGUGGGCCAAGAAGUCGGCCUUCUGCGAAGCCUUCGCUAUCAUCUACUCCGCUUUGCGCUUCCUACAGAAAACUGGGAAGCUCAACGACAAGACUAGGGAGGAGCUUCGGACAGUAGCACAUAAAGUCCACGAACAACUUAUACAGUCCCUGUCCGCCCGCCAGCCUCUUCGCCUUCACAACCACCGACCGUUAGCCAUCAAAACAUCCAUUCCUAAGUUCGAAGAGUCCUACAAUCCAGACAAGCAUUACGACCCUGACCGAGACCGUGCCGAGAUGUCCAAGUUGAAAGCCGAGCACAAGCGCGAGCGCAAGGGUGCAUUGAGAGAGUUGAGGAAGGAUGCUAACUUUAUCGCCAGAGAGAGCUUGAAAGAGAAGAAGGAGAAGGACAGUGCGUAUGAGAAGAAGUACAAGCGGCUGGUGGCAGAGAUCCAAGGAGAGGAAGGCAGGGAAAGCAAGACUUAUGAGAGAGAAAAGAGAAUGAGGAAGGGGAGAAAAUAG